AUGCAGGUUAUUGUGCAACUACUCCGUAGCGUAAAAUCGUGGCGAAAAUCGAAUCGCAACCGUUCGCCCAAACGUGACCCUCCCCUCGCCCUCGCUUUCCUUUCCCACGCUUCCGCUCUCUUUCGCCCGCGUCGUCGCCAUCGCUUCCGCAGCUCGUCGCGUGCCCGUCGCCUUCGCUCCGCCCGUCGCCUUCACUUCUCCCCCGUCGCCUUCACUCCCCCCCCCUCUUCCGUUGCCUUCAUUUCCCCCUCCCGUCGCCUUCACUUCCCCCUCCCGUCGCCUUCACUUCCCCCUCCCUUCGCCUUCACUUCCCCCUCUCGUCACACUCGCUUCCCCACCCGUCACCUUCACUUCCCCUCCCAUUGCCUUUCACUCUCUCCUGCUCAAUCUCUUUCCCCCUGCUCACUCUCUUCCCCCCCUGCUCACUCUCUUUCCCCUUGCUCACUCUCUUCCCCCCUGCUCACUCUCUUCCCCCCUGCUCACUCGCUUCCCCCCUCAAUCCCUUCCCCCCUGCUCACUCUCUUCCCACUCUCUUCCCCCCUGCUCACUCUCUUCCCCCCCUGCUCACUCUCUUUCCCCUUGCUCACUCUCUUUCCCCCCUUCUCACUCUCUUUCCCCCUUCACGCUCUCUUUCCCUCCCUUCCGCUUGUUGCCCCCCUUCGUCUCGCGCUCGUCCCCUCGCAAUCCCCGUCUCUCUCUCCCCCCGUCGCCCUCGUUUUCCCCAUCGCCCUCCCUUCCACUCCUCGUUGCCCUCGCCAUCCCUCCCUUCUCCCUUCCCAUCUCGCACACUUGUCACGCCCCCUUUCCAAUCCACACAUACACCCUUCCCUUCUUCCUUGUUUCCUCGUAUCCCCUGCGCUGCUUCCCCCCAUCCUCCGACUUGCUCCCCCCAUCCCCUUCUCUGCUUCCCCCCAACCCUUUCCCUGCUUCCCCCCAACCCCUUCCCUGCUCCCCCCCAUCCCCUUCCCUGCUUUCCCCCUUCCCCUUCCCUGCUUCCCCCCGUCCCCUUCCCUCCUUCCCCCGUCCCCCUCCCAGCAUCCCCCCAUCCGCUUCCCUGCUCACCCCCAUCCCCUUCCCUGCUCCCCCCAUCCCCUUCCCUGCUUCCCCCUAUCUCCUUCCCUGCUUCCCCCUAUCGCCUUCCCUGCUCACCCCUGCUCCCUCUGUUUCAUCCUUGCUCCCUCCCCUUCUUCUCUGCUCACUCUCUUCCCCCUUGCUCACUCUCUUUACUUCUGCUCGCUCUGUUCCCCCCUGCUUCCUCUCUUCCCCUCUGUUCAAUCUGUCCCCCGCUGCUUCUUCUCUUCCCCUCUGCUCAUUCCGUUUACUGUCUUUCCCCCUUCACUCAACCCCAUACCCCCCAAUGCAGUUACAGGUGCUCAGCACCAGAUGUGGCUUUACCACGGCCUGGUUUAUUGGGAGGAACGGAGGAAGGGAGGAAGUGAGGAAUGCAGGAAUGAAGGAAGGGAGGAAGUGAUGAUGGGAGGAAGGGAGGUAGGGAGGACGCUUGGGGGAGAAGCAGAAGGGAGGGGAGGAAGAGAGGUUGGGGAGGAGGGUGGGGAGGAGGGUGGGGAGGAGGGUGGGGAGGAGGGUGGGGAGGAGGGUGGGGAGGAGGGUGGGGAGGAGGGUGGGGAGGAGGGUGAGGAGGAGGGUGGGGAGGAGGGUGGGGAGGAGGGUGGGAAGGAGGGUAGGGAGGAGGGUGGGGAGGAGGCUGGGGAGGAGGAAAGGGGUGGGGCGGAAUGGGGUGGGGCGGGGCGGAAUGGGGUGAGGCGGAUUGGGGAGAUGAGGGAUGGGGAGAUGAGGGAUGAGGAGAUGAGGGAUGGGGAGGUGUGGGAUGGGGAGGAGAGGGCUGGGGAGGAGAGGGAUGGGGAGGUGAGGGAUGAGGAGGUGAGGGAUGGGGAGAUGAGGGAAGGGGAGAUGAGGAAUGGGGAGAUGAGGAAUGGGGAGAUGAGGGAAGGGGUAAUGAAUGAACGUGUAUGCGACGGAAGGGUGCUGCUGACCACGCACCCUCCCACACCCCACACGAUGGGAAGGGAUGAGAGGGUGGGCGGCAUGGGUAGAGAAGCGAUGGUGAAUAGGGGGAACGUGAUGGGCAGGGGAGUGAUGACGGCGUGGAGAGAGGAGGAGAGAAGGGAGGUCGGCGGGAAGGCUAAGCGAGGACGAUGGGAGGGCAAGCGUGGGCGACAGUGGCGGUGGGCGACGGUGGCGGUGGGCGACGGUGGCGGUGGGCGACGGUGGGGAGAAGCGUGGGCAACGGUGGGGGGAAGCGUGGGCGACAGUGGGGGAAAGCGUGGGCGACGGUGGGGGGAAGCGUGGGCGACGGUGGGAGGAAGCGUGGGUGACGGUGGGGAGAAGCGUGGGCGACGGUGGGGGGAAGCGGGGGCGACGGUGGGGGGAAGUGUGGGUGACGGUGGAGGGAAGCGUGGGCGACGGUGA